ACUUACCUACCUAUCUAUUUAACUACCUACUCUCCAGACCACUCCAACCCUCAAACCACCCUUCCCAAGAAACGACCCUCAAACAAACAAAAAAAAAGAAAGAAGAAGAAAGAAAAAAAAAAACCCAAGAUGACCACCCACCUCGCCUCCCUCCAACGCGACGGCUACGUCCUCAUCCCCUCCCUCCUCACCCCAGACGAAACCGCCCACCUCCGCACCGUCGCCACAAAGAUCACCGAGCAAGCCCGCACCGGAACCUGGCCCUACUUCCGCACCGUGCCCAAACAAUUCCCCCCCUGGCCAUCCACCCCGCCCCCGGCCUCCGAAGGCGGCAUCUGGGGCGUGCAGCACCUGCUGCACCCGGACAUGCCGGGGCGGGCUGAUUUCGCGCGGUUGUAUUUCUCCGACAAGGUCCUCUCCGUCGUGGAGGAACUGGUGGGGCUGGACGGCGCGAAAGAAGCAGGUCCGCGGGAAGGAGGUCGGGAAAAGCUCGUCAUGGAACUGUUUAAUCUACUGGUCGCGCCGGAGACGCGCGACUUCGAGCUGCGGUGGCACCGCGAUGACGUCCCCGAGACGGCCACGCCCGACGAAGAACUCCGCCUCCUGGAAGCCAAGAGUCCCGGCGGGAAGCAGUCGCACGCGCAGUACAAUCUCGCUCUGUGCGAGGACGCCUCGCUGGUGGUUGUGCCGGGGUCUCAUCGCCGGGUGCGGACGGAGGCUGAGCGGGCGGCGGGGCCGUAUGAGGCUCACUUGCCGGGGCAGGUGGUUGUGGAGCUGAAGCCUGGGGAUGCGGUGUUUUAUGAUAGCAAUAUCUUGCAUCGCGGGGUUUAUCGGGGGAAGGAGGAGGGGGCGGAGGAGUCGCGGUUGACGUUGCAUGGGAGUGUGGGGCUGGUGGAGGAGAGUGCGGGGGAUGAUGGGAAGGUGAGGGCGACGGCUGUUUUGCAGCAUGGGGUUGGGGCGUGGACUCAGCGGGAGGAUGCGGCGUUUGGGAUUGGGGGGCGGGCGGAGGGGAUGAGGGCGAAUCUGAUGGCUAUGGGGUCGGGGGAAGGGGUGGGGUACUCUCUCCAGGGGUAGAUGUAGUCCAUUAGGAUGUGUAUUAAAUGUGUUUUGAAUGCUUUUGUUCU